AUGUCCAAACCUUCGGACCACAUCAAGCGACCCAUGAACGCCUUCAUGGUAUGGUCCCGAGGCCAGCGGCGCAAGAUGGCCCAGGAAAACCCCAAGAUGCACAACUCAGAGAUCAGCAAACGCCUAGGCGCCGAAUGGAAGCUUCUGUCCGAGGCAGAGAAGCGGCCGUACAUUGACGAGGCCAAGAGGCUACGCGCCCAGCACAUGAAGGAACACCCUGACUACAAGUACCGGCCGCGGCGCAAGCCCAAGAACCUGCUCAAGAAGGACAGGUAUGUCUUCCCCCUGCCCUACCUGGGCGACACGGACCCGCUCAAGGCGGCCGGCCUGCCCGUGGGGGCCUCCGACGGCCUCCUGAGCGCGCCCGAGAAAGCCCGGGCCUUCUUGCCGCCCGCCUCGGCGCCCUACUCCCUGCUGGACCCCGCGCAGUUUAGCUCGAGCGCCAUCCAGAAGAUGGGUGAAGUGCCCCACACCUUGGCCACCGGCGCGCUGCCCUACGCGUCCACCCUGGGCUACCAGAACGGCGCUUUCGGCAGCCUCAGCUGCCCCAGCCAGCACACGCACACGCACCCGUCCCCCACCAACCCGGGCUACGUGGUGCCCUGUAACUGUACCGCCUGGUCUGCCUCCACCCUGCAGCCCCCCGUCGCCUACAUCCUCUUCCCGGGCAUGACCAAGACUGGCAUAGACCCUUAUUCGUCAGCCCACGCCACGGCCAUGUAA